AUGAGUCGAAGGAAAAGAGCGAAGGUGGAGUAUAGAGAAAUGGAAGAGAAAUAUAAUCAGUUAGAAGAUGAGAAUGCAUCAGACACAUCUGAGAAAUCUAAAACUGGUCUUGUGACACCAGAGAAGAAGGUUGUGCCAGAUGUGAAAAAGGAAUCUGAGACUACUAUACCACAGUCUGCUCCUACAUCUUCAUCGAUAAAGAUGGAAGUUAAAGAAGAAGAUGAUCAAGACAGUGAUCAUGAAGAUCCUCAUGUGAAAGAGUUACUUAAUGGGUUAGAAGGAGCAGCAUUUCAAAGUCGUCUUCCCUUUGAUAAAUUAACUUCUACAGAAGCAGCCUGUUUCCCAGAUGUUUCUGGUGGUCCACCGCAAACUCAGAAACUACAACUGUGGCUUGAAAAUCCUAAACAACAAUUAAUAAUUGAAAAUGCUUUGCCAGCUAUAGAACCACCUUACAACAGUGACACAGUACUAACACGGCGAAUUCAUGCAUUUUUAGAAAGACAUGGUUUUAUAAACUUUGGUGUAUUUAAACGACUGAAGCCCUUACCGACUAAGAAACUAGGUAAAGUAAUUGUAAUAGGAGCAGGUAUUGCUGGCUUAGCUGCAGCUCAGCAGAUGCAGCAAUUUGGUUUAGAAGUAAUUGUACUUGAAGCGAGGGACCGCGUAGGUGGUCGCAUUGCAACGUUUCGCAAAUCUUCAUACAUAGCUGAUCUAGGUGCUAUGGUAGUUACAGGUUUAGGUGGAAAUCCCGUAACAACUCUUAGUAAACAAAUUAAUAUGGAACUCCAUAAAAUUCGACAGAAGUGUCCUUUAUACGAAAGCGACGGACAAACGGUCCCGAAAGAUAAAGAUGAAAUGGUAGAGAGGGAGUUUAACAGGUUAUUGGAGGCAACGUCAUACCUUUCGCACCAAUUAGAUUUCAAUUACGUGGGUAACGCCGGGGCGACAGGUCAGGGUGGUAACACGCGGCCAGUAUCAUUGGGUCAGGCAUUAGAGUGGGUAAUACGCCUACAGGAACAGGGUGUGAAACAACGUCAAGUAGCCCAUUUACGGUCCGUGUUAUCGCUUCAAGGACGACUUAUCACUAAUCAGCAUAGGAUGAUAGCGAUCAAGGAUCGCUUAGUCGAGUUAAAUAAACAGUACAAAGAAAUGACCGAAAGUAAAUUACAAACCCGCGACAUAACACAAGAAUUCGUGCUACGUUCGAAAUUACGUGACCUUCAUAACGCGUGCAAGGAAUGGGAUCAACUGGCUGAGCAACAGAAAGAAAUCGAGGCAAAGCUACAGGAGCUCGAAGCUUCCCCUCCUAGCGACGUGUACUUAUCUUCCAAGGAUCGUCAGAUAUUGGACUGGCACUUCGCUAAUUUGGAAUUCGCGAACGCUACAUCGUUAUCGAAUCUGAGUCUGAAGCACUGGGACCAGGACGACGACUUCGAGUUCACAGGUAGUCAUCUGACAGCUUUCGGAAACGAGAGCGACAAAAAGUCCGAAUCUGAAGUUCGAAUAUCGUUGCGAGAAGUGCGUUCGCCACGUCGCACCAAAGAAGGGAUCGAGAUCGACACAAAGUGGUGCUUCGAGAUGCAAAGAUACUUUUUCAACAAUCGGCCGAUAGGAUAUUAA